GAAAAAACCCAGUCAGUAAAAACUUUUAAGUCCAGACAAGUUUUGAAUGUUGACAGUCAUCGCAACCACUUAAGCGGCUAAGCCAGUUUCUUAAGUCAUUUACUGAGCGAACAUCAGGAAAGUUUAGUCUGGCGAGCGGGCGUUCAGUGCUGUAAAUAAAAUCAUGCGGCGACCCUUUGUGCUUUUGUGUUUGCUGGUCCUAAUUGACAUAAAUUUUGGUAAACCCCAGCAACAGCAACAACAACAGAAUGCUCCCAGCCAACUGGACCAGCCAGAGAACCUCAAGAACCUAGUUGAUUCUAUCUUCACUACGGCCAGCCCACCAGUUCGAAGUGGUGGUUUCGCACAGAUCGUUACACCUGAACCAAUCGGCCUAGAGCCAACUUCCAGUCCACAGAUCCUUCAAACAGAUGACGGAAACAAAUGUAUCUGUGUCCCUUACUACUUGUGUGAUCCGACAAAUAAUACAAUAAGGACAGAUGGAGAGUUCGAUGGAUUCGGACUGAUUGAUAUCCGGUUCGAUCCUAUGUCCUGCCAAGAUGUUUUGGAUGUUUGUUGCAAAGAGAGCCAAACCCAAACGGAGCCCAUCAAUCCGAAACCAGUUAGCGAGAAGCCAGGUCGACCAAAGGGCUGUGGAAUAAGGAAUGUUGGAGGAAUCGACUUCCAGAUUACAGGAAAUACAAACAAUGAAGCUGGAUUUGGAGAGUUCCCCUGGACCGUGGCUUUGCUUACAGUACCCUCCGAGCAAUGCCUUUGUGGAGGAUCAUUGAUUCAUCCAAAUGUGGUUUUGACAGGAAAUCACUGUGUUCGAAGGAUAAGACCGAAUGAGUUGAAGGUUCGUGCAGGUGAAUGGGAUACACAAACAACGAAAGAACGAUUGCCGUACCAGGAACGCAGAAUAACAGAAAUCGUUGGUCAUCCUAUGUAUGAUCCGAAAACUUUGGACUACGACUUUGCACUUCUCGUCCUGGAUAGCCCAUUCGACUUGGCGGACCAUAUCAACGUUGUCUGUUUGCCACCCCAAAACUAUGUUUCCACGAGUCCGAGUUGCUUAGCUAGCGGUUGGGGUAAGGAUAUUUUCGGUAAGGCCGGCAAAUACAGUGUCAUCAUGAAACGGGUUCCACUGCCAAUUGUUCCCAACGGCCAGUGCGAAACGGCUUUGCAGAAGACUCGUUUGGGCCAGUACUUUAGACUUAAAGAUACUUUCAUCUGUGCGGGAGGUGAACCUGGCGUUGACACGUGUGAAGGGGAUGGUGGAGCACCUUUGGUUUGUCCUGUUGGUCUUGAGGCUGAAAACCGCUAUUCACAAAGUGGAAUCGUAGCCUGGGGUAUUGGUUGCAAUGAGGACCAUCCAGCCGUCUAUGCCAGCGUUGCGGUAGCCCGGAGUUGGAUUGAUAGCCAAAUGUUGCAGCGUGGAUUUGAUCCUAGUGUGUAUACUUAUUGAACAGUUUUUAAUAUGUAAUUCUAGAUACUUGUAAUAAAUAUUAGCUUUGAUCAUGUUAUCGUGCUGAAGACUUA